ACAGAUCCGGGAGGACAGUUUGUUUCCGAACGCGAAAGGAAUCGCUCGUUAACGAAUAGUAACGCCGGAGUGUGCAGCCCAUCUUACGCCGUAAACAAAGCGUGCGUUUAUAAACGAGGAUUUACACGUACUAGGAGCGAAAAGGGUGAAGUGAUCGUCUCGGACUCCUCAUAAAGACCUAAUUAAUCAACAAACCCGAGUGCUGUAACAAACGCCUGAAUGUAGACUUUGCACUUCAUUCAAAGUAACCAACAAAAAAAAAAGAAACAUAAAAUGAGGUCAAUACGAAGGAGAUCUCCGUAUCGACUGUUGACUAGCGCUUUCGUCCUGCUUCCGUUGUUAUUGCUGCUGCUGCUGCUCGACGAAACCCAUCUCGCCCGAGCCCUCCGCUGUGACCGCUCGCCCGAAGGAUCCGGUGCGAACAAAUCACCCGCCGAUGGACGCUUCCGGCUGCGCAUAUCAGGCAAUCCGGAGAAGUACGUGCCCGGCGAAUCGUACACCAUAAGCCUCGUCGGGAUUCGCUCGAUGCAGGUACCGCACAAGUUCUCCGGCUUCUUCCUCGCGGCCGAGAAAGAUUUCUCCCUCGUGCGCGGUGAUGGACCACCGUCCGGUGUGCAUAAUGUCGGAACGUUCCAGCUCUCGGGCGAUGCGUUGACCAAGUUUAGCGAACGCUGCCCGAACGCCGUCACGCAGACGAACUCGCUGCCCAAGAGCGAAAUCCAGGUGAACUGGAUAGCGCCACCGGCCGGCAGCGGUUGCAUCGCGAUCCGGGCGACGGUGGUCGAACAUCGGGACGUGUGGUACAUGGACGAUGGGCCGCUGAGCAAAAUUUUCUGCGAGGACGAAGCCGACUCGGUCGACACACAGCCCCCGGUGCUGAAGGAAUGCUGCGCCUGUGACGAGGCUAAGUACGAGCUGACGUUCGAGGGUCUUUGGUCGCGGCAUACACAUCCGAAGGAUUUCCCAUCGAACGGAUGGCUCACGCGAUUUAGCGAUGUGAUCGGAGCGUCCCACACGGUAGACUAUCGGUUCUGGGAGUAUGGACAGGUUGCGAGCGAAGGAUUGAAGCAGGUGGCGGAACACGGCUCCACGCGGAUGCUGGAAAGUGAGCUCAAGAAUCAGAGCGACAAAAUCCGUACAAUCAUCAAAGCCCGCGGCAUUUCGUAUCCCAAUGUGACCGGCAAAACGUUUGCAGUGUUCCGCGUCGACUCUAACCACCAUCUUGUGUCGAUUGUAUCCAUGCUGGACCCUUCGCCCGAUUGGAUCGUCGGCGUUUCGGGGCUGGAACUUUGUCUUACCAACUGCUCCUGGAUAGAGAACAAAAUUCUCAACCUUUACCCCUGGGACGCCGGUACCGACAGUGGCCCAACGUACAUCUCGCCCGACCAACCGACCAACCCGCCGGAAGUGAUCCGACGCAUCAAAUCCAACUACCCGAACGAUCCGCGCUCACCUUUCUACGAUCCAUCCGGUACGGAGAUGAAACCGCUCGCCCGGAUCUAUCUGUCUCGGCAGCGACUGUACGAAAAGAACUGUGACGCGGACAAUGAGGAGGAGAACGAAACGAAGCAAGCGUGCGAAACGGAUCCGUGGUCUGACUGGUCGGAUUGUAGCUCGCGGUGUGGCAAGGGCAAGCAAACCCGGCGUCGCACCUUCAAACACCCGAUGAAGGCGAAGCAGGCCGAGUGCAAGAAGAAGCUGUUCGAUAGACGGCCGUGCGUUGGAACGGAUCGGGACUGCGACUACAACAGCCAGGAGAUUGAGGAAGCGUACCAAAGCGAUCCGGAGUGUGAGGUGACCGAGUGGGGUCCGUGGAGUGAGUGUAGCUCGCCUUGUGGCAAGGGCAAUAAGACGCGCUCACGCAAGUACAAGAAGAAGGGCGCCCGGAAGAAGUGUGAGCGACUGCCGAACCCACCGAUGCUUCAGCAGACCGUGUCAUGCGAUGAGGACUGCGGUGGCGACAUUUCGCAGCCCGUACUAAGCUCGGACAUCAAUCCCAAAUGCAAAAUGACGCAGUGGUCCGAGUGGAGUCCGUGCAGCGUGACGUGUGGACUGGGUCGCAAAAUGCGCACCCGUAUGCCCAUCAACAAGAACAUGCGGACACACCACAAGCGGUUCGUGAGCUACUACAUGACUCGCCGCAGGAUGACGGCACUGGACGAGGAGGAGGAUAGCGAGGAGGAGGACGCGGGCGAGGAUAACGAUCUGCACAUUACCGACCAGAACGAUCCGUGCUACGGUGUGGAGACGGUCGAGGAAGUUACCUGCGGCCAUGAUUUACCGCCGUGCGAUGGACUGUACGGUGUGCCAGAACUCUGCUUCUUGGAACCGAAACCGGGCAAUUGCCGGGACUCGCAGACACGCUGGUACUUCGAUAGCGAUAAGAACGACUGCUCGAUUCUCUUCUUCACCGGAUGCGGAGGCAACAAUAACAACUUUAUGUCUCGCGAGGAUUGUCUCGACACGUGCAGUAAGGACCGUAAAUUCACCAACAUUCCGAUACGGGACCAGAUCAGCACGAACAGUGCCGGUGGCGCUGAGUACGGUUCGGACAUGAAGCAGGACUGCAAGACUUCACACUGGAAGCGUGGCCCAUGCAAUGCCACCUGCGGCGAAGGCUUCCGCGUGAAGAGUCGCACAAUACUGAUGCACCCGUCGAACGGUGGACAACGGUGUCCCCGGAAGCUGCGCAAGGUCGAGCGGUGUUUCGUGCACUGCGACUCGUCCCGCCACGACACGAAUCCCUCGUGGGGCCCGAGCACCCGCUACGAGCCGGAACCGAUCGAGUGCGAGUACUCGGCGUGGUCGGCCUGGUCACCGUGCAGCAAGACCUGCGGUGACUAUGCCGUGCAGCAGCGUACCCGGUACGUGCUCAAUCCCGAGAACGCCCGGUUCUGUCCGCACCGGCUCGAGGAGCGGAAAUGUGAUAUCAUGCCUUGCCUGUUGGGCAAAUAGAUCUACCGGGCCGAGGAUACCGGACCUGGACCCCAUGUGUCAUGCGAAGCCAUGGUUGGGCAAACCGAUGAUGCAAAAAAGCCGUGGACAGUCGUAGCCAGUUAGAUUUAUUUCCGUUCACUCCACGCUACUACGGUGCAUGUGUGUAGUGUGUACGUGUGUGUAUAUUCGUGUUCGGGGGAGAAAACACGGCGACAGGAAAACAAAAAGAAAAGCAUGGCGGUGUCCCUCCUGUUGCAGUUUUUGUUCUUCCCCGAUACAUCUCAUCGAUUGCAUCGAUAUUUUAUGUGUACCAAUCUAUGUUUCUGGUCCAUUUUUUACCCCUUUUCGUUUCGUUCUGCUCACCCUUUGAGUUGAGUCCAAAUCCGACAUUGAUGAAUGAAGCCCAGCUGUGCCACGCUGUGGCUUCGGAACGUGAUGGGAAAGUUGAAGAUAGCUGGCACGCCCAAUUCAAAAACACAGAAUAAAUCCAAUCAUUGCUGUUUUUUGGGAAGCAGAGGAGCGUUAGGUUAUAGAUUUCGAGGAUUAAAACGCAGAACGAGCGAAACAGAAUUUAGAGGUUAAAAACACUGAGAAACAGCGAGAAAGCGAGAGAGAGAGAACAUGAAGUAAUGCAUGCCCAACACUAGAACACAAGCAAACCAAACGCACUAAUAAAAAAAAGGACAGAGCAGGUGACACAAACAAAGUACUUUCAGAAGAUAGUAGACAGCAUGGUAAAUCACGAUCCUGAACGAGGGCGAUUUGCAGCACCGUGUUUUACAGCAUUUAGAUGUGCACGAGAAUGAUGGGCUAAAGGGACAGCGACUUGUAUGUGUACGUUUUGAAGUGAGGCAGAGAGAGAGAGAUGCGAGAGCACGAGCAAAGGAAGUGGUGCAAUCUGAAUGACAUAUAAAUAAAUGCAGACAUCAUGUAUCCUUCUAAUAAUGAGAUCAAAUAAAUUGGAGUACACGUAGCUGA